AUGUCAUUCAACGCGAAAAAUCUCGCUUACGACUCGAAGGAGCCUGCAUUCCUGCAGCGACUAAGAAGCCAAUUCGGAAACUCCUCAGGUGGCCUAGAGCGUCCGUCGCUGCGACCUCGCCGAGUACACGACGAUAAAGAUGAUGAUGCGCCUACGUAUGUCGAUGCAGAAAGCAAUGAAGUGAUCUCCAAGGAAGAUUACGAGGCUAUGGUGAAAUGCGGCGACUCAGAAACUAAACAGCCUAAGGAUGGUGAAGAGGACGAAGAUGCCGUUGCAAACCAGGAUGGAGACUCGCAAAAGGCGGAAACAGCUAUUAUGAAACAAAAUCUUGCGGAGAUCGGAGGGCCUCGCAAGCGAAAGCAAGCGAAAGUUGUUGGUGAUGAGGUCGAAGGGGACGAUGUCGAAGGGGUUGAGAAAGAAGAGGUACUGCCGAAAGAGUUAGGCCUUCGGAAUCCGAAGCAGAAGAAGAAGAAGAAGAAAAUAAAGCUCUCGUUCGAGGAGUGA